AUGGACUCGGCGAAGCCACAGAAACGCAGCCGGAGGCUUCGCGUGUGCUGGACGGCUCCCGCCCACGGUGAUCUCGAUCCCGCGGCCCGGAAGGCCAUCAAAGACUACGUGGCCUACCUGAUCCUCGCGGCUCCGGCCAGAUACGAUCCGGCGAAUGUAGGCUACCGACAGCUCCUGAACGACGAGACCCAGUUCCUGGGAAGGCGCGUCGGCCCGACAGAGUACAAGGGCAACAUCAUCCGAGAGUUCAUGAGGCUCUGUGAGUCAAACCACGGCAAGCUGUGCACAAGGAACCUCGGGGUCGAGCAGGACUUUCUCCGCAUCUUGACUGAGCCGUACUUUGGCGUCUUCGACAUUGAAAACAAGCGACUAGUUCCCCUGCCGCAGGAGACAGACAAGAAAGGCAACAUCCGCUUCCUCCCUUACGCGGCCGUAAGCUACGUCUGGGGCAAAAGCGCUAACCGCCACUACAAAACCAACAUGCGAAACGUGCAAAAGAGGCGCAAGUCGGGCGGCCUGGCAUCCGUCAUGGCGCAGCUCCCCCUUGCCCUGCAGCAGAGCAUCCAGCUAGUCCACUCGCUGGGAAUCAAAUACAUCUGGAUCGACGCCCUGUGCAUUGUCCAGGACAGCACGCACUCGUGGAAUCUCAACGCCCGGGCCAUGCACUUGAUAUACGGAAACGCGACCAUCACGCUCUGCGCGGCCGACGGCGAGGACGCACGGGACGGCCUGCGGGCGCUGGACAACAGGCUCAAGCGCACCCAGCACACGGAGACGUGCGCGCUCGGGGUGCGCCUGUUCCUGCACGAGCCGCCAGAGGCCAGUAUCGAGGCGUCCAAGUGGAACACGCGGGCGUGGACGUUCCAAGAGCGACUGUUGUCGCGGCGCUGCCUCAUCUUUACCGGCGGCCGCAUCUACUUCCAGUGCCGGUCCACGGGCAUGUGCGAGGAUGUGUUUGCCGACCGCAGGGGCCGCGGCUGGUCGCUGGACAUGGUACGGUCGCCGCUGCAGAUGCUGUCACAGCUGAAGCGCCGCAGCCUGUGGUUCUACGUCCACUGCGUCAAGCUCUACACGCAGCGGAACUUUUCCGAGCCGUUCGACAUCCUCGCGGCUUUCAGCGGCAUGUCCGAGCUGAUGGAGUACACCAUGAAGUGCCCGUUCCUCUUCGGCCUCCCGACUUCUCACUUCGACUUUGCGCUGCUGUGGCAGCCCGUCGGCCGGUCCUCCAGGCUGGUCAAGCCCGUGCACACCAAGGAGCCCAAGUACAAGGAGAUGAAGUUUCCGAGCUGGUCCUGGUCCGGCUGGGCGAGCAAUGGGAUGGCGUACCGGCCCGAGAUGGUCGGCGGGUGUCUCGAGGACGUCCACGAGUGGCUCCUGGACCAUACCUGGAUCGACUGGCGUAUCCGGGACGGCCAGGGCACGCUGAAGAGGGUCUGGGGUCAGCGCCAGUCGCGCCGGAAGCAGCCUUCCGACGAAGACGACACGCAGCAGCCAAGAUGGAGAGGCUAUGGCCGCGCCAUGGAGGUGGAAACGGGCUCGAUCGCCCCGUCUAUUGAGAAUCAGCAGUCGUCGGGCAGCGAAUUGGACAGACGGGGCAGGUCGGUGCGCACUGAAAUCAGUCGGGAGAGGGCGAAUACAUUUGCUCAUUUAGAAUCAAGGACUAGACAUGACAGAGUCAACCCAGUCGACAUGACACACGACAUGCGGAGAAGAGAGAAUAAAUUCACAACGCCUCGUCCGAGAACGGGAAGGAAAUACGACGGAGUCAGCAGACAGCCCCUGACGAGGGAAAAAUUCUCGCGCCGCGUGCCGAAGUGGGACGGAUCAGAUCGCUCAACUCGGUCCUCCUUCGCCGACGCCGAGUUUUCGCUGACGCUGCCCGAGGACCCGUACAAUGUGCCCGUCGACGGGACCUUCCGGGCGCGGGGCACAGUGCAGGAGUUUCCCGACCAGAUCUUCCUGCAGUUCUUUUCGUGGCGGGCCUCGUUCCGCGUCGUGCCCGCCGACGUCGCUCCGUCGGGCCACUGCGUCUCCGAUCACGAGGAGGUCGAGGAGGGUCUUGCACGGUUCGACAUCAUAGAUCGGCGCGGCGACAAGUGCGGGUCGAUCCUGCUGGACCCGGAGUGGUUCGCGAGGCAGAAAAAGCCCCUCGAAGAUUUCAACCCCAGGAGAACCGAGUUUGACUUUGUUGCCAUAUCCGACGCAAAGUCGUUCACGGCGGCCGAGUUCCCGCACUGGGGCUACUACAUUCCGAGCGAGCGGGAAGAGUCGGAGUGGGACCUGUUCUAUGUGCUGCUCGUCGAGGGGUCACCGUUUGAAGGUUUCUGCCGCCGUGUUGGCCUGGGGAAGGUGUUCAAGGCCGCGUUUGAUCGGUCCAGGGCGGAGUGGAGGGAGAUCAUCCUCGGCUAG